CCCCCCCCGCCCCCACCCCCUCCAUGGACAUGCUGGACCCGGGUCUGGACCCCGCUGCCUCGGCCACCGCUGCUGCCGCCGCCGCCGCCGCCGCCGCCGCCGCCGCCAGCCACGAGAAGGGACCCGAAGCGGAGGAGGGCGUCGAGCUCCAGGACACCGGGGAAGGGCCCGGGGCCGAGGAGCAGACCGCGGUGGCCAUCGCCAGCGUCCAGCAGGCGGCGUUCGGGGAGCACAACAUCCAGUACCAGUUCCGCACAGAGAAUAAUGGAGGACAGGUAACAUACAGAGUGGUCCAGGUGACGGACGGCCAGCUAGAUGGCCAGGGAGACACCACGGGCGCUGUGAGCGUGGUGUCCACGGCCGCCUUCACCGGGGGGCAGCAGGCUGUGGCUCAGGCAGUGAUCCAGAACCCUUUCAGCAAUGGGGGCAGCCCUGCGGCAGAGGCGGUCAGUGGGGAGGCCCGCUUUGCCUACUUUCCAGCAUCCAGUGUGGGGGAUGCCACGGCUGUGUCCGUGCAGACCACGGACCAGAGCCUUCAGGCAGGAGGCCAGUUCUACGUGAUGAUGACGCCUCAGGAUGUGCUACAGACGGGAACGCAGAGGACGAUUGCUCCUCGGACCCACCCGUAUUCUCCGAAGAUGGAUGGGACGAGAACCCCCAGAGAUGAGAGGAGGAGAGCCCAGCACAAUGAAGUGGAGAGGAGGCGGAGGGACAAGAUUAACAACUGGAUUGUUCAGCUCUCCAAAAUCAUUCCAGACUGUAACACAGACAACAGCAAGACGGGAGCGAGCAAGGGAGGGAUCCUGUCCAAAGCCUGUGACUAUAUCCGGGAGCUCCGUCAGACCAACCAGAGGAUGCAGGAAACUUUCAAGGAAGCCGAGAGGCUGCAGAUGGACAAUGAGCUCCUGAGGCAGCAGAUAGAGGAGCUGAAGAAUGAGAACGCGUUGCUCCGAGCCCAGCUGCAGCAACAUGGCCUGGAGAUCGUCGGGGAGACGUCCCGGCAGUGAUGCCCCUCCCUGCCCCUUUCCCCUGGGUUUUUGGGGGAAGGUUCUGGCCCCCAACCCUUAGCACAGAGAGGGAGACAGUCUGCCCCCUCCCCCAGCUGCAUUUUUUAUAGUAGAUUUUUAACAAAAAUGGGGAGAAAAAAGCAUUUCCACGAAUACAGCACCCCCACCCCCACGACAAAAACAAGGCCACCGACAUGUCCGCCUUCUCCCAUCUUUGUCUGUUUUCUCUGACUCAUUCUCUUUUCCUCUCCUCUCCCCUGAUUCCUCCACUUUGAUUCAGUCAUGCCACCUAAUGGCUCCCGCCGGGCUUCCCUUUCCUGCCUUCGCCUUGGUGGAAGGGGGCAGGACACAAGGAGAGAGAUCCCUUAUUCGUCCCCUGGACCCCGUUCUGCUUCCCCAUCUCUGUCUUUCCCUGGAGGUCCAGAGACAGAACUGCUAAGAGGGGGGAUGCCUUUGGUGGGGCCACCCCGUGGCUAGGGGCUCUUUGGACUCGUGUUCCGGCCUUCCCACCUCCCCAGCUCACUUCCCGACACCCUUACCCCUUCUUUGGGUGUGUGUGUGUGUUUUAAUUUCUUUAUGAAAAAAAAAAGACCAAAAAAAAAAAGAAGAGAAAGGUAUUUAAACUGCAAUAAACUGGCCUGUGCGGCCCCGCCUCA